CAGGGGCGGAGCAAAUCUUAAAACGUUGUGUCCGACCGCUGAAGUCACCCUGCUCUGCUCUGAAUAAAAGAGAGUUAGGCCUGCUUGUGAAGUUAUAUCAGAACAGACCAAAGUAGACGCAAAUAUCCUCACCCAGGAAGCGCGAAACAUAACUCGGCAUGGAAGACAGCAUGGCAUCUGAAAUCGACAUGGGGCCAAUUCGGCCACAGAACUACUUAUUCGCCUGUGAACUGAAGGCUGGAAAAGAAGUUAAAUUUAACCCAGAUGAAAACGGAAGCGAACACCAGCUAUCCCUUCGAACGGUAUGCGUGGAUGGAAGCACGAAAGAUGAGCUGCAUGUGGUUGAGGUGGAGGGGUUGAAUGCAGAAGGUGAACAGAUCAAAGCUAUGCUGGCAGCACUGAAACCAUCCAUCCAUCCCACAGUGUCUCUUGGUGGCUUCGAGAUCACACCCCCGGUUGUGUUCAGAUUGAAGAAAGGCGCGGGUCCUGUCCACAUCAGCGGCCAGCACCUUGUUGCUCUAGAUAAUGACAUGUCCUCUGAUGAUGAUGACGAUGAUGAUGAGGAGAUGGACUACAAGACCGCGAAUAAGAGGCCAGCAAACUUCCAGGCAACUAAAACGAUUCAGAAAAAAAUGAAAAUGGAGGAUGAGGAGGAUGACGACGAAGAGGAGGAUGAUGAUGAUGAUGAUGAUGACGAAGAGGAGGAGGAGGAGGAGACUCCAGUUAAGACUAAGCCCCCACAGAAAACCCCAACAAAGGGAGCUUCCAAAGAGAAUGGCAAACUGUCCAAACCUUCAACACCAGCACAAAAACAAGAACCUAAGACACCAGAUGGCAAAGGAAAGCAAGGCCCGAAGCCCAAGAGCCCAAAGUCUCCAAAAGCUCCCAUGAGUGUAUCAGAUAUUAAGGAGAAGAUGCAGUCUACUUUUAAGGGUAGCCUUCCAAAAGCUGAAACCAAAUUUGAAAACUUUGUGAAGAACUGCUUCAAAGUGGAGGACCAGAAGACAAUUCAGGAUCUUUGGAAAUGGAGACAGACACUUGUGGAGAAAAAAUAAUCUGCAUUUUAGCCUCCUUUUUUAUUUCUGUUGUAUUUCUUGGAGGUUUUUUGCUCCUGUCCUGGUCUGAAUCCUUUCUAUAUCUCAAUCCAUGCCAAGGCUGUAGGUUGAAGUCUGGAUGCCUGUGGUAGAAUUUCUAUCCUGCCUUUUGCACAGUUUUAAUUGAUACGAAUGAUGUGUGCUCUUUUUGAAAGGGAGCACAGUCUAAGGUAGCCAAACCAUUGGGUUACUUUGCAAAAAAGCUCAAAUUUCAAUAAAAAUUGAAAACUA